CUUUCACGCGGGAAAUGCCUCUAUUUUGAAAAAAACCAAGAAAAAUUGCUGGAUUUUUAUUAGGGUUUUCAUUUUAUUCCUUUUCCCCUUUUCUACGUUAGGUUAUCCCGGCGGCUUCCCUUCUGAGUUUUACUUAGGUUUUAUGUGUAGUUCAUGCCUGUACAUAAUCGCGUUUCGUAUUUUUUGCAGGAUGUUCUUUUGCCUUUUUUUUUAAAAAAAAAAAAUCUAUUCCUAUUUUUUAUUUUUAUUUGUUUUCCAUGUGACGUUUCUUUUGCGACGUUUUGAGUUGAUUCAUGAUUGGGGCUCUUAAAGUAUAAACGGGUUCUUGCCCUUUGGCUUGUUCUUUGAUCGAUGAUAUUGACGGUUGUUGCUGGUUUAUAUGUUGUGUUUUUGUGUCUGGAUGAUAAAAGAGGAAGUUGGUGUUGUAAGUGGUGAGAAAAUCAAGCAUGGUAAUGUUUUGACUGAAGGAUUCAUCUUUGGGUGCUGAAAGAGGAAGUUGCUGUUGUGAAGAGGGAGAAAAUUGAACAUAGAGUGUAUACACAGUAAAAGUUUUGAUUAAAGAUAUGGAACGUAAUUUUCGUUUCGUGGAUAAUAAUUGGGGAUCAUUUAUUUGCAUUGCUUUUUCUUGGGAAGUAGACGUUUCGGCUUUUGCACUUUCUGUGGGCAAUUGAAAGUAUGUUUGUCGAACUGUAGUGAUUGACUUUGAGGACAAUGGUGGGUUAGCCACAGUUUCUAGGGCAAUAUAUAUAGCUCUCAGCCAAAUUUUUCUUAUCUGGAGGAUGUUUAGGAUAAAUGAAGCUGGAAUCGAUUCCAAACGUUUUUGCAGUUGUUAAAUUUUGCAAGUUCUAUAUUAGCGACUCAAUAGCUGCUAACUGUUGACCAUCUCUAUGGAGGACGAAACAAUCAAAAGUGGUAAUUAGCUCUUGUAAUUUAGUGACUACUCGAACCAAUAGCUGGCAUGAAAUAAGAACAAGGCAAAGAGCAGGCAGAAGGUGUGCUCUGAAGACUCCGUCUCCACCUUCGUAUAUGUGUUCCUAUUAUAGUGACUGAAUACUUUUAUACUUCAGUAGUGUUACACUUUGUCUUAUUUUAGGAGAAAAAAAAAACAUAAUAUUGCAACUUUUUUGAGAUGAGAUGAAGAUACGCAGGUGCAUGAACAGUUUCCAUAAUUUCUGGUUCAAAGUUUAAACCUUUCCGAAUUCCUCCAUUUUUUAUUGCUUUUGUUGAAAAACCUCAAUAUAUAAUGAAAACACAUUUGUUUUACAUUCUUGAAAGCUUUAUUAAGAUAUCGGGGUUGCUGGUUACUGCAGUGCCUCUUAUAGUAUGUAUAAAGGAAGAUAGAAUUGAACUUAUCAUAGUAUCAUGCUCAUCUCCUACGUUUCCCUCAUAGUCCUAGAGAUGGCUGGAGACUGCAUUUAUGCUGGUGUCAUGUUGUGACAUUAAUCUGUAUUUAAAUCAGACCGUGGUAGAACUUAGUUUUCAAACACUAGGUCUUUGUUAUCAUUUUUUUUCUUUGGGCAUGUCGAAGUUCUUCCUGAAAGCCAUCUUGUAACUUAAUCUCUCUCUCUCUCUCUCUCUAUCCUUCGCUGAUGCACAGAUAUGCUAUGUAGCUUCAAUGUCGUAUUCAUUUUUUUGCUGGUUUGUAAGUUAUCAACAUGCACUUGUCUUUGCUGUGACAGCUUCAUGUUAAAAGUGAAAAUACAAAUGAGGGCAUUGAAACAUUUUCCAGGCUUGUGGCUUUAAGGCUAGGUGUGAGUGCUUUACGAAGGUUAGCAACCUGUUGAAGGUCAUAUUUAGUUCUUAGUAGCUUCCUCUUCAGCUCAGAAUUUAUCCGUAGGAAUUCCCUUUUGAUGGAGCAUUGAAACAGAUGCAUGCAAAGGAAGAGGAAUUCAGUUGAAAAUGCAAGGGGAUGCUUUGCUCCACCAAGGCAUAUUACCUAGUGAACCAGCCAGGAUAACCUUGACUUUGUAUUUUGCCAACAGGUAUCUUCUUCCCAAAUAUGUAGAUUAAGCAAAGAAUAUGGUGGACCCUUAAACUUUCUUGGAAAUCCUGCAACUACAAUUGAACUCUGUGAAUGCUGGGCAUAACUGAUUUCAGGUGAACCAGAAUUUGCAUUUGUCUUGUGAUACUGAAUGACAGUUAGUACCUAGCACUGAAAUUUUCAGCUUCACGGCUUACAGACAUUUAGUUUUUUAUUUUUCCUAAAAACUUGCAAAUUGAAGCAACGGGUAAGGAAGAAUUUGAGAAGCAAGGAUUGUGAAGCUGCUUAACAUGCCCAGGCAACGUGAAAAAUGCCCUAAAGACCCAGAACUCAUAAGGCUCCGAAAUAGAGAAAGGCAGCAGCAGUGCAGGGCUCGCAAACGUGAGAAAGCUAGAAAAGAUGCUGGUGCUGUAGGUGGAGAUCCCAUGCCUCUGAUGGGCUAUGACCAUUAUUCAAGGAGACAAGAUGAUGCACGUGUAAUUGCAGAUGUUUGUAGUUAUCCUUUAGUGAAUCAGGUUUAUAUCCCUGAGAUAUACGGAACAGAGAAAGCAGAUAAGAAGUCUAGGUAUCUGGAAUUAUUCAAGGGGACCAAACCUAAAAGGAUAAAUGAAGCCGAUGGAUCUGUUCAGUUGGACUCCAAUAACGGAUGCUAUGGAAGGGAUUCACUAAAUAUACCUCAGUUUAGUAAAACUACAGACAGGAAUUCAGGCCUUGAUGUGCUUGCUGCUGCCACAAAACAUCUGACUGAAAGCUGGGAGCAAUUGUGCAAUUCUGAAAGUCAGGCAACUGGGGAGAGUGCAGAUGUGAGGCAUCAGCCAGCAGGAUUGCAGAUCAUCUCUCAGACUGCUGAGGCUACUUCCGUUGAACGCAGAACUCGCAUUCAUUGUUGUCGUAAGUGGAAAAAAGAUGCAAGAAUGGCAGACAAAUAUAAACAAGCACUCGUAUUGUUUAAUGCUCCAGCAAGUCCGUCCACUCAAAUAGAGAAGUUUGACAUGUGCUCCUUGCAGUUAAGCCACCAUGAUCUGGAUGUAGCUGUGGAUGUUUUUUCAUCAUUGGGGAAGUUCAGUUCUAAGCAUCAAGUGAACCAGAUCGCAUGCAAAGCUAAGGCUGUUUCACAUGGUAGAAGAAACUGGAAAGCUGCUGCAAGGGCCGGUGGUUGGGACUCGACCGUAGCAAUUUGAGUUGGUUUUAGGGUAGCAAGGACAAACUCUGAACAAUUCCCUAAGAACAGCUAAAGCACUACUGAUCUAAAUCAGGAGUUCAAAUUUUGCAGCUUAGUUCAAAUUUUGCAUCUUUUUUUGGGUGCUUAUGGGUUCCAAAUUUCAUUAACCCUUUGUUGUCCAUAAUGGCUUUUUCUUGUAUGUCAAACCAUCUGGAGGGGUCUAAGCAGACCUGAAAUAUGAGGAUUUCAGGUUGGUCCCAGCUGGACAGGUUUUAAAUCCAA